GGCGCCUUUGGGGGAGGGAGAGAGGGAUGGAUGAAGUUUGGAACUGGCUCAUCAGAAGACAAAAAGAAAAAAAAAGGCGAUUUGUGUUGUGAUAGAAGCAGAAGAGAGAGAGGCGAAGGCUGUUUGGCUGAUAAGGAAGAAGAUAAUGUCUCACAAAGGAUGUCUCAGUGUUACAAAAUACUUCCUCUUUCUCUUCAAUCUUUUCUUUUUUAUCCUUGGAAGUCUGGUCUUUGGCUUUGGCUUAUGGAUACUUUUUGAUCAAAAUAAUUUUGCUUCCACACUUGGGUCCUCAUAUUAUGCUCUCAAAAUAUGGUCCUACAUUUUCUCGGGUGCGGGCAUCCUAACAAUGUUAUUGGGAUUUCUUGGAUGCUUGGGCUCUCUCAAGGAAAUCAAGUGUAUGCUAGGACUUUACUUCGCCUUCCUAUUGCUCCUGUUCGUUGGUCAAGUCACCAUUGCAAUCUUGAUACAGACACACAGCAACACGAUCAGUUCAACAGUGGCUGGACACGUAAAAACCAUCAUUGCAGGCUAUGGAACAAACGCAUCCCUUUCAGAUCAUGGUGACAGCUGGGAUUUUGUGCAAGAGCAGUUCCAAUGCUGCGGCUGGACAGGCUGGACAGACUGGAUGGAAAAUAGCAGAGUCAGAAAUGCCUCAAAUAAACAGUUUCCCUGCUCGUGUCGUAACACCUCCGUUCUACCUUCAGCCCACAACAGAACAACUGCCAAGCCGGCCCUCUUUUGCCAAGCAGAGGGACAGUUGCCAAUCAACAAUAGAGGCUGCAGGGAGAGCGUCCAAACCUGGCUGAACAAUAACCUCAUCAGCAUUGUAGGGAUCUGCCUUGGGAUUGCUCUCCUAGAGUUACUGCAGCUGCUGUGCAUGUUGCUGGUCACUGCAUUAGAACACAAGGACCUGCAUAGUGGUGGCUCCCAGGAGAUCCCUAACAGCUCUUCCUCAUGAUGGUAUCGAUGUUUCUGUGUAGAACCGUUGGUCCCAACUACGACAAGCUUGCUCGUUAUUCCUAGGCAAACAGACUUUUGGGGGAAAUGGCAUUGAAAAAAUGGCAUUCCAUCUUAUUUAGACAUUCCACCCGGGUUUUAAAACAGUACAUUGUAGAGCUGCAGUUACGUUCAGCAAGUUUACUAUCUCACUUUCUUGUCCUAAGUGAUCCAGUCUUGGAAACUGAGAUGAAACUUUCAAGAAUCAGAGCAACCAAUAAGAAAACAGAGUAAUAUGAAGCAGGUUUUUACCUUCAGUUAGUUAAAGAUAAUUUAGCUCUCUAAAAAGUAUAGCCGUAUCGGCUUUUGGUGUCACAUAAAUCCCCAAAAUAGGAUAAAGAAUUCUAUGUUUUUAUAUUGCAUUGCCCUGGAAUGCACAGAUUUUAACAGCCAAGCUCUGGUCUACUUUUGCAUGAGAACUAUUUAACCAUAAAUUACUUAUUGCUAGGAUCUGUCAAAUACAACCUGAGAAAAAUUAUUUGUUAAGCGCAUAUACAUAUUAUAAUUCAACACUGCCCCCAAAUCCUUUAAUACGGCUGUUUUAGAGGUAAAGCUAAAAAUUUUACUUUUUUUUUAAGUGAAACUCGCACUCUGUUAUUUAAUUAACAGUUAGGACUGUGAAUUAAGAGUGGUGUUGACCCACCUGAUUGGACCAAGAGUUUUUGUAUCCUUCCUGCUGCCAUUGGGGUGAGAUCUAUUCAUCCAGACUUCAAACAUUCUCAACCAUACAUAGGAUAUAACCAAACUUCAAACGUUCUCAACCAUACAUAGGAUAUAACCAAACUUGAACGUUCUGUGUUCUAUGUGUGCUUUAGUAUUUAGCCUUUUGUAUCGCAAUCUUGUCUUGAUUUGAUUGAAUUAAUCCGUGUUGAAAACAACUCUGUUAAGAGGGCUGCAUUUCUCGCUUAUGUUUGGACUAAACUGUUCUAUCACAAGUCUUUUCCUCUUGUUGGAGAAAAGGCACAAGGAAUCUGAAGUCCAUCUGAUAUUGUUCAUUGUUGGCUCCCAAGUGUCCCAGCCUUUAUAGACAGUGGUAAGGAAUGUUGAAUGACAAGUUCUACAACCCUGAAUCUGCAAACCUUUGAUGGAGCUCAUGACCACUAGCUAGUUCAGAGGCAGGAUAUACCUGAACUGGAGUGAAGAAAGAGGUCUGUUUGCACUGGGAAUGUGUUGAUAUGGCCAUUGACACUUCUGUGGAUUUUUAAAUGGUGCCUCUUUACUGCCCCCAACUCCCCAGCAGGUGCAAAUGAAGGGGACAUCUUAUCUUUGAGCCCCAAAAAUUGGACAUGGUUUUGCGUUGCGCCUUGCACAUUUACAACCCUGUAAAGAGGCAGAUGAGAGAACCUUUGUUUUUCUUUUUUGCGGUAUUUCUAUAUUCAGCUUGGAUGUUUUAAAACGGAAGCACAAAGGGGGAAAUAGUUUGAGGAAGAGGAUGCAGGUGGAAUGAGGUACCUAUAUAAUUUCACCUCCUUUCUCAACUUACUGUGGUUUGUUCCUUCACAGAACUGGAGGUUUUUUACAUUCUAUUUUGUAAAUAAAAAUGAUCCAUAAA